GCUAAACGAACGAACAUAAUGAGAACUUCAAGUAUCGCCAUACUCCUCUGCCUCAUCGGGGCAGCUUGCUCCCAAAGCCACGACCUGGUCAUCGGCCAGGCCCAAUACGGUGACGUCAUUGUUUACAAAGCCGACGAAGUCAGAUAUGGCUUCCCUUUCAUUGUCAGACAGAGCAUCCUUGAGUACCCUGAACAGGGGCAGAAGAACUACGCGUAUAUCAAAGCUAUUUACAUCAAGGAUAAUGACCGAGACGGGACUGGUGGCUACCCAAGCAUUUCUGCCGGAGGUGUGGGCCAAAGGUUCGUGAAAAUCAAGUUGAAGAGCCAGAGAGGGAGUGGUCUAAACUUCACGGUCACCAUCUAUGGAAGAUACGUUUAAAUUUUUGAAUCUGGAACGAAGUGUGACGUCAUUGUUUUAUUUUUUUAAAGAGGUCCAGUUUAUAGAGGUUCACUUCUUAUAUUCUUUUUUUAAAGAUUAAGUGUUCGUCUUGUUUGUAAAAAUGUAGUGAUUUAUUUUAAAAAAAGCGUGAUUUUAACUGUUAAUGCAUAUUUUGGUGUUAUAUUUAUUUAUAUAUUAGAAUAUUUUGCAGCUGUAAAAAAAGAUAAAUUCUAGCUCACAAAAGUGUUUUUACUAGUCGAUUUUUACGCGGGAAAUGAGGCAGAGAAUGUAAUAUUUUAAUUUUAUUAAAUUAAUUACUGAUCAGUAUUAACUAUUAUUGUUAACUAUUACUAUAAUCAUGUAAAUUAUUAUUAUUAAAGUGCACAUUAGUAAUAAAA